AUGUCUCCACGACAUUCAUAUACAAAAUCUGCCCGAAAACACGUCACUACUGCGUGCAAUCCAUGUCGAGAGGGCAAAGUCAAAUGCGACGGCGUUAAUCCCGUCUGCGGGAAUUGCAGAGUGAAGGGCAAGAAAUGCAGUUAUCGGCAAGCGGAUGACAAACGCAAGAUUCCGUUGCGGAUCACAAUCAGUGUCCUUACUAGGCGAAUCAACCAGCUUUCUCAAUUUAUCCAGGAUAAUGAAUUGGAAGUUCCUCCGAUGCCAGACAGUGAUUAUUCGACAAUAAAGGAUAUCUUUGAGGCAUCUGAGCUGCUAGAGCUCGAGGCACUUUCAGGAAGAAAGAAAGUUGGUGGACUGGGGAUAUCUACAGCCCUGGUUAGCCUAAAAGGAGGCCUAGAAGCUGAAGGAUGCAGGCCUGGGGCCACUCCUGAUGAUAAUAUUGUCACUGGUCUUCAGAACCCUUUGCCGGGACCAGCUGAAGAAAAAACGGCCAUUUCUGAGGGGCUGCUUCCUCCGAUAACUUCGGUAUAUUCCUUUGAUACUGUGAACCGGACUUCAUCCGCCCCUGUUGCGGAUGAAUCUCAGAAUGUUGCCUCUCCACUUAUUGAGCUCGCAGAUUCAAAUCUUUUCCAAAUCGCUCCCCGGGCACCGGUUACUGAAACUGAUCCUCCCGACAGCAACGAAGAGGAGGAGGAAGAUGAAGUCACGAACCAGCUCUCGUGCCGUUUGGGUAAGCUCCAGGUAACGCAUGGCGGGCAACUGAGAUAUUUCGGGCCUACAUCGAAUUUUACGCUGCUGGAUAUCCUGGUUGACAUUGCUCCUUCUACUCCUGUGUCUAUCCAAAAAGGCACGCAGGAGAUCCUGGACAGCGCAGAUCUUGGUUUGACUGUAGACGAGUCAUUUGAGAAGCAUCUGCUUCAGCUAUACUUUGCAUGGAAUGAUCCAUGCUUGCAUGUGGUCAGUGAAGAGAUAUUUUGGCGGUCGAGAAGGCGGAAAAUACAUGAUGGUGUUGAUACGCCGUAUUAUUCGAGAUCCUUGGUUGACGCAAUGUGCGCAGUCGGUGCUGCCUACGAGCCAAAGCAUCAUCCAGACUUUGUAACGUUCCCCCGAUCGCUUGAUGAGUUUUUCGGCGAUAGGGCGAAGAUCCUGCUCGAGUCAGAGUUGGAAAAUCCAUCCUUAGCAACUAUCCAAAGUUUAGUAAUCCUGAGUGCAUAUGAAGCGUCAUGCACCAGGGAUACUCGGGGAUGGCUGUACAGUGGAAUGGCGAUGCGGCUCGCAUUUGAUCUCGGAUUGCAUCUUGAUAUGGCGCCGUAUGUUGUUCGCGGCACCAUUCCCCCCGAGAAUGCCGAAGUGCGUCGUAUGACGUUUUGGGCUGUAUACAUGAGCGAACAGUUCUGGGGGUACUACCUGGGUCGACCUACUCGGAGCCCAAUGGAGGGAGUGACAGUUUCGAAACCUGGAUGGGACAGCCCUAUUCCCCCAGAAAAGUGGAAACAGUAUGUCUCUCCACAAUUAUCCAGCACCAAUACCGCGAAUUUCCCCAAUCCACUCGGGUUGGUAUGCUACCAAUGGGUGUCUCUGUAUGAUUAUAUGAUGCCUCUUACCGAUGUCUUAUAUGGGUGUUGUGAGAUAUCCAAACACCGACUCCAAGAGCUCACUUUCAACACGGUCGAGAACCUGCGACUGUGGAAAGCGAAUCUCCCACCGGAGCUUGACAUUUAUGAAACAAAUCAUUGCUUACAACCUCUCCCCCACGUCCUAGCUCUCCACAUGCAAUACUACCAGUUAAUGAUCCACUGCCACCGCCCCUAUAUAUCCCGAAACCAUAUCCAACCGCAAAAGCCGCCACAAGGUCCCGGGUCCACUCAUGCUAGAAUGAUGUGUGUUGACUCUGCAACAUCCAUCUCUGAAGUUCUCAUCCUGUACGAACGAUACUAUACUUUCAGACGUGCGAACUUUCAAAUCGUCUCAUUUAUCUUCUCUGCCGCCCUUAUUUUGAUUUUUGCCAUGGACCCAACAGGAAAAGGUGAGCAAGAUCGCGGAUUAGUAGGCCACUUGAGCACCUGUUUUCGGGCGCUAGAUGAAAUGGGUGUCCAGUUUGAGAGUGCGAAGAGGACGAGUACGUUCCUCAGUACCCUACAACGCGAGUGGCAUAGUAGGAGACGGAACGCGAUGAGCAGAGGGGUGAAGAGGAAGUUUGAUCCUGGUGCUCAUGAAUUGAGGAGUGCGGAGCCCCUGGUGAACCAGAAUCAGAUGAUCCAUGAGUCCGAAUCAGGCAUUUGGGGUGGGGACUCGGUCGACGUGCCGCCUUAUGCGCUCGACUUUAUGGAACUAGAUCUGUGCAAUAUCCUGCUGAGCGAGGGCAUUCCUCGGUCCUUCAUUUAGGAAGGCAGGGCCGAGAGGUGACUGGGGGCUCUCUCGGGUCGCGCCUUCUGUGUGUAAGUAUCUCGGUCCCACUGGGGAGGAAGGCACAACCGCAGGUGCUUUCUAGUUAAAGGAAAGUC